CAGUACAAGCUGGGCCUCGCCUACGAGCUCGGCCGGGGCUGCGUCGUCGACGAGGCGCGCGCGGCUCACUUCUACGGCCUCGCGGCGGAGGCGGGCCACGUCCGCGCCAUGUUCGCGCUCGCGAUCGCCGUCGACGAGGGCCGCGGCGUCGCCAAGGACGAGGCCCUCGCGGCGGCCUGGUUCGCCGCGGCGGCGCACCGCGGCGCCGCCAAGGCCCAGUUCUCGCUGGGCAUCCGCUUCGCCGAGGGCCGCGGCGUCGACAAGGACCCCGCGCGCGCGGCCGAAUGGUUCUCCGCGGCCGCCGCGCAGGGCCACGCGAAGGCGGCCUGCAACCUCGGCAUCAUGCACGCCGCGGGCUCCGGCGUCGCCCAGGACGACACGCUCGCCGCCUUCCACUACCGCCAGGCCGCGCGCGGCGGCGUCGCGCGCGCCAUGUUCGACCUCGCGUGCCUCUACGCGCGCGGCCGCGGCAUGGCCAAGGACGACGUCGCGGCGCUCGCCUGGUGCACCAAGGCCGCGGACCUGGGCGACGGAACGGCCAUGGUGAACCUCGCGGCCAUCUACGCCCAGGGCCGCGGCGUCGCGGCCGACGGCGACGCCGCGCGGAAGUGGCUCGACCGCGCGCGCGAC